AUGGCAGAGGGAGGGAGCCCUGAUUUCAACUCUGAAACGCUCAAAGAUCAAGCCAAGCGGCUGAUAACUGGCUUACCCAGCUUCGAGUAUCAAUUUGAACAAUACUGUUCGUCUGGAAGACAGCACAUAACCAUCCUGCUGUGUGGAAAAACAGGUGUAGGCAAAUCGCAUUUGACGAACGCGCUCGUUGGAAAACGUCUGGCCAAAGAAGGCGAAGAUCUCAAUGCAGAAACAUAUGAGGUAACACCUUACAACUUCUCAAUGAACGGCGUGGGUGUAACGAUAGUCGACACUCCUGGGUUGGCAGAUGGCACUGGAAACGAAGAAGUGUAUCUAAAAAAAAUCAAAGAAAAUGUAACCGGUUUUGACGCAUUCAUUUUCUGCACUGAGAUGAGUAAUCGCCGAAUCAGGAACGACGAUAUUAUAACGAUUCAGAAGCUAACUGAAGCCUUCGGUCCACAGCUUUGGGAGCACGCUGUUGUUGCAUUAACAUUUGCUAAUGAGGUUCACCCACCACCCAGCAAUAGUGACGUGACGGAACAGGAGUUUUUCGAUGACCGCCUCCGAAAAUUUAAGAAGAAGAUUCAAGAAGUCGUAUUAAAAGUCGGAGUACCAGAGGAGGCGAUCAUCAAAGUGCCAUUCGUACCCACUGGAGAUUUGUGCGAGCGUCGACUACCGAGUAUCGAAAACUGGAUCGUGUGUUUCUGGAUCGCAACGUUCAAACGCUUAAACAGAAGUGCAAAACCUACGUUUCUCCUUGCAAAUAUCGACCGUUUUAAUUGCGUUUCAGAAAGAAGAGGAGGUCUAUCAUCAGGAAUAAGCCCGCCACGACCUGAGUUGAUGGAGGGAAAUCAGCUGCAAAAGCAGGGAUUUGACCACUUUCAUCAAAGUCAGAGGCCGUGGGAUGACCAAAACGCUGAUGUUAAUCGCGACUGUCGUGUGCUAAACAGAAGCCAAUCGUUGAAUGAACAAAAGCGGCAAACACCCCCGAAAACGUUGCCCAAACAAAAAUCUGAAGAAAAUAGGUCAAGGAAUGAGCGAGGUUCAGGACCUGACACCCCUGUUGGUAUUGAUCUGGAUGAGGCAUCUACUGGCGAGAUAAUGAUGGAAAUUAUCAGUGACGUCGGUAACGAGGGCAGCAGGGUAUUGGGUGACUUCAUUCGGCCCGGAACUGGCAACUUUCUGUCUGCUGUAUUCGGGUGGUUUAUGGCCUUUUUAAAAAAGUGGCUACAGAAAAAACCUUCAAUAAAAAACGAGGCUGUAGAAGAGGAGAAAGCCGAGGAACAGGAAGGCAACUAAAAACUGAUUGAUGAUAUGUAUGUGAAAUGUUCUAAAUACGAAGUCCUUUUUGUAAAUACGAAGUCCUCUUUGUAAAUACGAAGUCUUCGUUUCUCAUACGAAGAAAGCAUCGGUUCGUUUCAAAAUGUACUCAAAUUGUGCUUCGAAAAAAUUCAUAGCUUUUCACGAAACACGCAGUUCUUUUUUUAAUUAAGAAAAUCAAGUUUUCAUCGUUUUGUAUUGCAUAUUUUUAAUUUCAAUUUUUCAAUCUCAGUUUUUAAUUUUAACUGUAGAACAUGCAG